AUGAAAUUCCCAAAGAAAGAAACGUUGAAUAUUCUGCAAUUGGGUCUUGGAAUGAUGCUCGUUUUCUUUGCUUUCAUUUCCCAAGCAUUCAUCGUGGAAACUGUUUUGGAAAAUCGACAUGACAGCGAUCCAUCAAUCAGUAAACACGCUGGAUAUUACAGUCAAACGAUCGUCUAUGGGAUGUUUCUUUUUGGCAAUCUCUUGGCUCCGCCAGUUAUCUCAUUUAUUGGCUUAAGAUUAGCUUUCAUUUUUGGAAGCCUUCCAUAUGUCCUCUACAUGGUCGGUUUUCUAUUCCUCAAUUCGUAUUACCUCUACGCCUCGGCUGCUUUCGAAGGACUCAUGGCUGGGUUACUUUGGACUUCUGUAGGCCAAUAUUUGGCAUCAAAUAGUAAUGAGCGGACGAUUUCCAGAAAUAGCAACAUGAUGUGGAUGCUGUAUAUGAGCAGUAUGAUUUUCGGUGGUGGCUUUCUAAUUGCUGUAUUUGGCUCAAAACCCGACAAGAAUAUCAGUAUGGGAACAACGAGAGUAUUGUAUGGGACUUUUGCAUCAGUUUGUUUUGUUGGAGUGAUCACAUUGGGUCUCUUACGACAAAAGACGCCAGGGAAAAAUGCUGCGAAAGCAAAUCAUCUACAAGAAAUGUCAAAGGUGAUCAAAAUGCUCCAAACUCAAGACCAUUGGUGGAUCGCUAUUCCAUCGGCUUUCACCGGAAUCGAGAACUCGUUCACUAGUGGGGUCUACCCAACAGCACUGUCGUUUACCAAAAAUUUUUCAAUAAAUACGAAUCAAUUGAUGGGAUUGAAUGUGAUGGCCACUGGAACAGGGCAAUUGUGCGCAGCUCUCCUCUUCGCCUCGAUCGGCAAAUGGUCGGAUCGAGCGGGUCGAUGGUAUUCGAUGUGGGUGGGAACAGUUGUGAGCUUGAUCUGUUAUGGCUUGAUCACUGUCAACUUGCCAGCCAUUGCCUCAUAUGAAAAGACAUAUGACAAGCCAUUACUGUCAAAUCCAAGCGUUGUUAUUGGUUUAAUUUGCGGCUUCAUGCUUGGUUUCAAUGAUUGUUGUGUGAAUACUCAGAUUUAUGCUUUGAUCUCUGUGCGUUAUGUUGGACGAACAGGACCAGCAUUUGCUUUGAGCAAAUUUUGGCAUGCUCUCUUCACCGCAAUUUGCAUGUUCUAUGGCAGUGUCGCUUCUCUCUACAUCCAACUCGCAAUUUUAGCCGUUGGAACGAUUCUCUCAUCAUUAUCUUUCACGUAUGUCGAGCGAAAGAUGUUGAAUCAAAGGAAACGAUUACCGACGAUUACCAUUGAUUUUUGU